CCAAGUUUCACAUUCCAUGCUCAUCAUCCACUUACAUAUACCAUUUUCCCAUCUGUCGAAGAAUUCAGAUUUUACCGUUGCGUCUUCCCUGAAAAAUACUCAUGUCCUAGCAGAAUGACUGCGUACUUCAAAUCCGCCUUCCUUUCCGCGGCCCUCCUGGCCAAACUGGCCACCGCCGGCGUCCAGGUCUCUCUCCUUGUGAUUAAUAUGUCGCCAUUUCCCGCCACGAUCGACUUCACCCUUGGAGAGAAAUGCAUCAAGCACGACUUUACCCCGUCCUACCUACAAAACUAUUUCCAGUCCUGGGAAUCGAGCAGUCUUGCCGACGACUAUGACCACGAUUACGCCUCAUACAACGACUAUCUCCAACAGUUCAAAGCACAGAUGGGAGUUCCCACUCUGCGGGGUUUCGAAGCGCCUAUGACCGGUGUUCAAGUCGUUCCCAGAUUGAGGAUACCCAGCGACGGUUCCGCGCCAACGAAGUCAUCCUAUUCCGUGUUCACUGCUGAGAUGGAUGCGCGCAUCUUCAGUUGCAAGAAUAGGGACUCAUGGCAAUCUUUCUCCAUCACCGUACAGGACUCAACAGAGUCUUUCACUCUGAAAGAUCCUGCAGCCGAUGACUGGCGACUGGAUAAGACCGACCCGGACACCACGCCUCUCGUCAUUGGGCCUGGAGGCCGCUCAAACUGGCUACCAAUUACCCUAGAUACUAUCACUCUUGCUGCCACCAUCAUCACUUUCGGAUAUGCUGCUGCCGCCGCCUCGGCAGGAAGAGCCGUGGCAUCCUACACCGCCGGGGAGCUGCUCGCACUCGGCUCGGAGGAGUACUUUGAUUACGCGGUAUCAAAAGUGGCUGCUGAGCUAGCUUUGAAGAAUGCGUAUAUAUCCUUCGGAGGAGCUUCAUUUGCCGGUGCCAUGGACGUGCUUGUUUCUGCUGACAAGGACAAUCGGAAUCCGCUCAAAGCUGAAGAACGGGAGAUUCUUAGGAAGCAAUUGGACCGCAUGGCGAUGAAUUACACUGCAAUCUACGAGUCGAUAGACGAGGACAAGCGGCAGGCUUGCGUCAUGGGUCGGAAUUGGUGGAACAUCUACGAGUGCCUCGUCGCCGGCGCGGUAUUGAUCAUUCAAGGGAACGGGAAGGCUGUGGCGAUGCCUCUUCCCAACGUUUACAGGGCUUGGGAAUGA